UCACAAACACUUAACCAGACUAUAAGAACUCCCCAACUUUUCCCCUUUCAACCUAACCCAAAGUUGCUUGGAAACCAGGAUACCUAGUUAUUUCCUCCAGAAUAAGAAACAUACGUUUGGAAUUGUAUUUCACCCUCAUGAGGGAAUAACGUCUCUAUCCGCACGCGCUUUCAGCAGACUUGAGCGAGAUGCCCGAAGAGCCCGCGCGAGACUCCUCCAGCUCCCCCGUGUCUCCCGAGGACAGUCUCAGCAACAGCGACGGAGAGCCCGACAGGCCACCGAAGAGGAGCGCGAGGAAAAGACGGUCUAGCAGGAAAAACGGGGAGGAUUCCGAUAGUUCGACUCUUGGGAAAAGGGGGAAAAAGUCUAGCAACAGCAGCAAUAGCCCUCAGUCUUUCGAGGAGCUGCAGACACAGCGCGUGAUGGCGAACGUGCGCGAGCGACAGAGGACGCAGUCGCUCAACGAAGCGUUUGCGUCUUUGCGCAAAAUCAUCCCAACUUUACCGUCCGAUAAACUGAGCAAAAUACAGACGCUGAAACUCGCCGCCAGGUACAUCGAUUUUCUCUGUCAGGUUCUACAGAGUGACGAGCUGGACUCCAAGAUGGCAAGUUGUAGUUAUGUUGCUCACGAGCGCUUGAGCUACGCGUUCUCGGUUUGGAGGAUGGAGGGCGCUUGGUCCAUGUCUGCAUCUCACUAGUGCGCAGGGAAACUUUUUUUGUUUUUUUGUUUUCAGAUGGUGAAAGCCACGAACUUGGAAAACACGAGGACCAAUGCGCCAACACAAUGCUAGAUUUCUACAUAAUCUUGGGGAAAACUGAAAAUGUUCCAACAGAGGUCAUGGCUAUUAUCGAGAGAAGGCCACGGACAGAGAUUUGUUGCGCGUGCGCUGGAUAUGGACUUCCUUGCGAGUGUUAUUGACGAUAACAUGUCGGAAAUGUGUGCAUAUGCAUGUUUUUUAUUUUUAUUUUUCAUUUUUUGAAGAUUUAGUUGUGCAUAGCUUUCUUUGAGAAAGUGAAAUUGCAUCACAAUGACUGUUGAUGAGAAGACGGGGGAUGAAGCCUCUAGUUCGUAUCCUGUGCAAAAUACAACGUUUUAGUACAAUUCUAUUUAUUUAUUGAUGACACACUAUUGAAAUGAACGCAAAUGUAUCCUGUUUCGAAAUGCAUUCUAUUUUUUUGUUACUUUUGUAAAUAAAUGUUUAUUUCUGCAAUAAAGAUGAAGAACUUUUAAGAAAUA